UAUAACGACUGAAAAUGCAGUUCUUCUGAGAAAUAUUUUGUGUUUCAUCAGAUGGACCUAAGAAAUCUUUCAGAUGAGGCUGACAGAAAUGCCUCCAACCCUUACCCCAUCUACAAUGCCAUAGAGAAGGACUGCUUUACAAAUGGGCCCAUAGAAGGGAAAUGGUUCGAGCUGAGCCCACAUGAGGCUGGUUUCACAGAGCUGGGUUUCUUCAUUGAAACUUCUCUUCUGGGCAGCAAAUUCCAGGACGGAGAGUUGCUGGAGAAGAAGCCAGAGAUGGACAUGGUCAAACUACAAGGUAUUCUUGUUUCCGCGUUGGCUCAUGAGGACAUUAUAAGAGAGUACAUUCCUACCUGGAUGAAUGUGCUUGGGCAUAUUGAUGAUACUGCUGAAGAGUACCUGCGUGUACAUACUGUCCUUGAAAAACUAGUAGCCCUGACCAGAAGCACCACCAAGAAUCCUACUGCUUUGACUGACCUGGACACGCUGCAGAAUAUACUAGAAGGGAAAUGGUUCGAGCUGAGCCCACACGAGGCUGGUUUCACAGAGCUGGGUUUCUUCAUUGAAACUUCUCUUCUGGGCAGCAAAUUCCAGGACGGAGAGUUGCUGGAGAAGAAGCCAGAGAUGGACAUGGUCAAACUACAAGGUGUGUGUUCACAGGUGGAGUACGUUUUUGGAAGGUAUUCUUGUUUCCGCGUUGGCUCAUGA